UUCACUUCCAUAGUCCAUACUAAAUCUCAAGCUACAAACUGUAAGCAAUCAAGACAAACAUGGCAAAGCCCAUUCUUCUUGCAAUUCUCAAAGCAUUGAUGAUUCUAAUAUUCACUGGUUGGAUUGCUCUUUGGCUUCUAAAGCCAACAGACCUGUGGACAAGGAAAUGGAAAGGAGCUGAGGAGAGUGCUAGGACUACUGUGUUUGGAUAUUAUGGUCUUGAUUUUGCUGUGUAUACGUUCCCUAUAAUUGCUGUGGCUAUAAUUGGACUAGUUUACUUGGAUUUGAAAGGCAGGGAACCAAGUAGCAGACAAGCAAAGAUUUCAACUGGGGCUUUCUCAAAUCCGCUAGUUGUGAGCAGUUUUAUUGGUGUUUUAUCUGCCAUUGAAAUUCUGACAGUGUUUCUAUUUAUCGUCUUCUUAGCAUGGACUUUCUAUUGCCAUAUCUCUAAUGAUUUCAAGAAGUUGAUGCCAAUAAAAGCACUGAAGUUAGAAAUAUGGCAACUCAAGUACUUAAGAGUGGCAACCCGGUUUGGUUUACUAGCAGAAGCCUGCCUGGCUUUUCUUCUUCUGCCUAUUUUGAGGGGUCUGGCCGUAUUUCGCUUAUUUGGCAUCCAGUUUGAAGCUUCAGUAAGAUACCAUAUCUGGAUUGGCACAGCUAUGCUGACUUUUGCCACUCUUCAUGGUGCAAGCACCUUGCUCAUCUGGGGUGUUAGCCACCACAUUCAGGAUGAGAUAUGGAAAUGGCAGAAAACAGGUAGGAUAUACCUUGCUGGGGAGAUUGGUCUUGUUACAGGACUAGUAAUCUGGAUUACAGCACUUCCUCAAAUAAGAAGAAAAAAUUUCGAAAUAUUUUAUUAUACACAUCAUCUGUACGUUGUCUUCCUAUUAUUCUUCCUCUUUCAUGCUGGAGAUAGGCACUUCUAUAUGGUUUUUCCCGGCAUAUUUCUCUUUGGCCUCGACAAGAUACUCCGAAUCUUGCAAUCGAAACCAGAAUCCUGCAUUCUUUCAGCUCGAAUCUUCCCUUCCAAGGCUAUUGAGCUUAUUCUGCCUAAGGAUACAAGUUUGAAGUAUAACCCAACAAGUGUGAUAUUUAUAAAGGUACCUAGUGUAUCCAAAUUACAGUGGCACUCCUUCAGUAUAACCUCCAGCUCUAGUGUUGAUGACAACACGAUGUCUGUCAUGGUUAAAUGUGACGGAUCAUGGACAAGUUCUCUCUAUGACUUGGUUCAAGCUGAGCUAGAUUCAAAGGCUGAUACAACGAAGUGCAUACCAAUAGCAAUUGAAGGCCCUUAUGGACCUGACUCAAUGAACUUCCUAAGAUAUGACAGUGUAGUUCUAGUUGCCGGUGGAAUUGGGAUAACCCCAUUUCUGAGCAUUUUGCAGGAAAUUGCUUCAGCCCAAAGCAGCAGCAGAUAUAGAUUUCCCACUAGCAUGCAACUGAUAUUUGUUGUUAAGAAGUCUCAUGAUAUAUUUCUGUUGAACUCAAUCUCAUCUCUGCUCCAGAACCAGUCAACUGAAAGAUGGCAUCUAAAAGUUAAAGUUUAUGUGACCCAAGAAGUGCAAGAUGGACUAACAUUAAGAGAAGUAUUAACAGAUUCAUCUCAAAUUCAAACAGUACACUUCGGCACAGAAUGUUCCAAUUAUGCAACAUAUGGGCUUGAAAGUUCACUUUGUAUUGCUGCCCUGGCUGGAUUUGCCUCCAUUGUUUUCCUUGUUUUUCUUAUUUGUCUCAAUCAUAUCUUUGUACCCUCCCAAAAGAAGACCUCUAAUCUCUCCAAAGACAAGACUCCAUCUUGGGUUGCUGAUUUACUUCUCAUAUCUUCUUUCAUCAUGGCUUUAAUAUGCAGCGCUGUCGUGGCAAUUAUUUUGAGAUGGAGAAGGUUAAAGAGUGAGAGUCCACUAGUUGCCCAAAAAAAAGGCAAAGCCAUGGACAUAGAAACAAGUAGUGCUCUUGAGGAACAUGAAAUCCACUUUGGAGGAAGGCCUGACUUUCAAGAUAUAUUUGCCAAGUUUCCAAAUGAAAUGGCUGGAUCUGAGAUUGGAGUCAUGGUGUGUGGACCUGAAGAAAUGAAAGAGUCAGUGGCAUUAAUAUGCAAGCAGAACUCUCAAGGAGUCCAUAAAAAGAAACCACACUUCAGUUUCCACUCCCUCAACUUUGCACUCUAGUUUCUGGUCUCUAUAGUCUACACCAAUUUCAAGUUUAAAUUACAAGGACGACCGCAAAAGAUUGUGUCGUCUCCAAAUGUAAGCAUACCUACACCAGAGAUCAUGAUAGAGGUUUGUUUACCUAGAUGUUUGCUUAUAUAAUCUAUCUCUUUAGGCCAUAAAAUAAUGAAUUUCAGCAUGUACAUGUUUUAAUUCAAUGCCAUUCUGUACUUGGAAGUUGGAAUGUAAAUGACUUGGAAUCUUCUA